GGUAGUUGCAAGUUUAUUUUGUUUGAUUUCGGUCUUACACUUGGUGAAGACGUUGUUUUUGGUCCCGGUUGUGAGCGAGACAUUAAAAAAGGCACUGCAAUCCAUUUCGCGCAUCUCUGUUCCGCCGUGCCGUCGUCUCCUUUAGUUUCUGCCGCGACUCUCGUCUCCUCUCUCCACUGUGUGUGUGUGUGUGUGUGAUUCUCCCUCGAGGAACACUCAAGACAUGUUCUCCAAGACAAAAAUUCAAACUUUCUUCUGCUACUACCUCAACAACAAUCUCAACAUUCACGUUCACACAAGACUUAUAUCCAGUCUCAAAGUAGUAUGGCGCAAGGACCAAUCACUUGACCAAGCUAUAGAACAAGAUAAACGCUUCAAGCAAUGUGCCCGCGUCGUUAAAGAAGUUCUCAAUGAACCAGGUCAAGUCAUCCCUCUACGUUAUCUUGAGAAACGCCGCCAAAGGAUGCGUCUCAAGGUUAAAAUUGAUACCUUUUUGAAUCAAAAUCCUUUUUUAUUCGAUGUAUACUAUGAUCGUAUAAAACCCAAAACCGAACCUGUGAAAUUUCUCCGUGUCAGCGAUCAUCUCCUUCAGUUUCUGCAGGAAGAGAAACGGAUUUAUAAGGAGAAUGAGCCGUUAAUUGUUUCAAAGUUGUGUAAAUUGUUGAUGAUGUCAAAGGAUAAAAUUGUUAGUGCUGAUAAAUUGCUUCAUGUGAAGAGGGAAUUUGGUUUCCCUAAUGAUUUUUUAGUUGAUUUGGUGCCAAGGUAUCCGGAAUAUUUUAGGUUAACUGGUUUACCUGGGGAGGGAAAAUCUUUUCUUGAAUUGGUUAAUUGGAACCCUGAGUUUGCAAAAUCUGUUAUUGAGAGAAGGGCUGAAGAGGAAAGUAGGGCUACUGGGAUUAGGGUUAGGCCCAGUUUCAAUGUAAAGCUUCCUCCAGGUUUUGUGUUGAAGAAGGAGAUGAGGGAGUGGAUUAGGGAUUGGAUGGAACUUGAUUAUGUUUCGCCUUAUGAGGAUGUUUCUCAUUUGGAGCAAGCUUCUAGAGAGAUGGAGAAGAGGUCUGUUGGGGUGUUCCAUGAAUUGCUUUCUCUUUCGUUGUAUAAGAGGGUUCCGGUGCCGAUUCUUGGAAAGUUUUGCGAUGAAUAUAGGUUUUCAAAUGCAUUUUCAAGUGCUUUUACAAGGCAUUCGGGUAUAUUCUAUAUGUCGUUGAAAGGUGGGAUUGAAACUGCAAUGUUGAGAGAAGCAUAUGAUGGGGAUAAGUUGAUUGACAUUGAUCCACUGCUUCAGAUAAAAGAUAGAUUUGCUGAGCUGCUGAAGGAGGGUUGGCGGCUAAGAGCAGAACAAUUGAAGUUGAAACAAGAGAAAAUUAAGCAAGAUAUGGAACUUGUAGCCACAAGAGUUGCUGAAUAACAAUAUAAAAUCGGCUAUUAGAUAUGUGAAAAGUUUUCAAUCUGGAAAUUUCUCAGGAGAAAAAAGCUUGAUCAUUGUUUGAAUUUAAGGACAUGGUGCUCCAAAAUCCGAAUAAUCCGUUUGGUAUCAAACCAAUCAUGUAUUGAAGUUCAAGUAAGAUAUCGCAGAAUUUCUGUUGGUGGAAUCUAAUGCUGGAUUUCUUCUGAUAAUUCAAAGCGAAAGAAACGCGUACACAUUUGCAAAUGAGCUGCAUUGUUGGAUGAUGACCAGGCUCUCCAUCCAAAUGAGCAGUAAUAAUGUAUUUGCUUUUUGAAACACUGGAAACAAGUUGAUCAAAGGUGUAAAUAGCUUAAAUUUUUCUUGACACCAUGAAUGUUAAUUUAAGAAAACCGGUGUUCCUAUCUGAUCUAGCAUCUUACUGCUGUUUGAAUGUUCUAAAUAUCUACAUUUUUAUUUUUAUUAUAAUGAGCUGUUAUGUACUAUUAAUUGUAUUUUACAGUAGAAUAAAGUUAGAAAUCUUUUUGCAUGUCCUUUGGUCGAUCUUGUUGAAGUUAUUGGAAAGUUGAAGCACUCUGUACUUUGACAGACAGUGUGAAAGCUAUGUAGAUUCAACAUAAAAUUUUGUAUCAUAAAAACUUUGUUUUA